AUGGCACACCAAGUGCAAGUAUCGAGAUUACCAGCUGCUGCGGCUGAGGGGGUGGUGCUGACCAACUGGGUGGACGUCAUCAAGGUGCGGCAGCAGCUGGCAGGCCCCGCGGCACGCAACCUGGCGGCCACCGGGUGGCAGAUUGUGCGGCGGGAGGGACCGCUGGCGCUGGGCCAGGGCAUCACGCCCGCCGUGGCGCGGGGCGUGCUGUACGGAGGGCUGCGCAUCGGCCUGUACACCCCCAUGAAGUCGCUGCUGGGGGCGGAGGGCAAGGACAGCGGCAUUGCGGCCAAGGUGGCGGCGGGCAUGCUGAGCGGCGCGCUGGCGGCGGGCAUCUCCAACCCCACUGACCUCGUCAAGACACACAUGCAGAAGGGCGGCGGCUCGGCGGGCGGCCCCUUCACCGUCAUGGCGAGGGUGGUGCGCAGCGAGGGCGUGCGCGGCCUGUGGGUGGGCACCACGCCCAGCAUGGCACGCGCGGCGCUGCUGACGGCAUCGCAGUGCGCCACCUAUGAUGAGCUCAAGCUGUUCUUUGUGCGGCAGCUGGGAUGGGAGGACAACCUGCAGACCCACUUUGCAGUCAGCGGGCUGGCGGGGCUUGUGACCACCACGGUGACGGCACCGGUGGAUAUGAUCAAGACCAACCUUUUUGUGAAUAGGCAGCUCUACACCACUCCUGCGCAGUGCUUGCAGCACAUCCUGCGGGAGCAGGGCGUACGGGGCUUCUUCCGCGGCUGGGGCGCGAUGUGGGCACGGCAGGGACCCAUGACCACCUGCAUAUUCGUAAUUAAUGAGUGGCUGCGGGGGUCCAUGGGCCUGGCCACCCUUUGA